AAAAAAGGAGAACUAACACCACCUCCAUGUACUCCUCCUAGACCCCACAGCUUGACAUAUCAGGGCUUCUUGCAUGUCGCGUUACUCUCAUGUCGUUUACUCUCUUUAUCGUGUGCAGUGCUUGCCGCUUGUCAUCCCGUCCCCUAACCCUAACCUUUCUCCGCAGAUGAAGCGGGUUUCCUCCCCCAGGUAGUGCACCUGUCCAGCCUACUCCUCCCCCCUGUCUCCAGGCUUGACUACAGUACCCAAGGCGCACCGCGUCGCUCUCCGCGCGUCCGCCGCGCUCCUCCGCUGCGCCAGUCCGCCUCGCAGCACUCGUACAACCAGUUGGCUUGGCCCUUUUUUCUGCCUUCUCACUCUGUGCUGUUGUUGCCUGGUGUCAACCUACGUCGAGAAGACACAUCCCUCCCUCUCGACUGUUCGAGGGCUGCUCCAAUUUGCCUUCACUUUCCUCUCCACCGGCACCAUUGGCUGUCGCUCUGCCCGUCAAGCCGCUUCCUCGUCGGCGGAGUUGAGUAGCAACAGCUCGGAACAUCUGGCGGACCAGCGCCGCUCUCUCCCCGCCGCUUCUGUCCUUCCCUCGGCGGCUUGUUAUGGAAAUGAGUACAAAGUACAUCUAGUUUUUUUUUCUCUAGAGGAAGAGCUUUGAAGGAGGAAGCAGAAAGACGUCGGAGCUGGUUGUCUGUUAUGAGGACGGCAGGAUGGAGUUUCCAGACCACAGCAGACACUUGCUCCAGUGUCUGAGUGAGCAGCGCCACCAGGGCUUCCUGUGCGACUCCACCGUGCUGGUGGGCGACGCCCAGUUCCGCGCCCACCGGGCCGUGCUGGCCUCCUGCAGCAUGUACUUCCACCUCUUCUACAAGGACCAGCUGGACAAGCGGGACGUGGUGCACCUCAACAGCGACAUCGUCACGGCGCCCGCCUUUGCCCUGCUGCUGGAGUUCAUGUACGAGGGCAAGCUGCAGUUCCAGGCGCUGCCCGUGGAGGACGUGCUGGCCGCCGCCAGCUACCUGCACAUGUACGACAUCGUCAAGGUGUGCAAGAAGCGGCUGAAGCGCAAGGGCGUGGAGGCGGACGUGGCGCGGCCCGAGGACGAGGCGGCCUCCAGCGGCUCGGACAAGGCGGACAGCGCCUCGGACGCCUCGCCGGGCCGGCCUGCCACCGCCGACCUGCUGCCCAGCGACGAGGACGACGAGGAGAAGCCGGAGGCGGCGGCCGCCCUGUGGCUGAGGAUGCCCGCCGCCGAGAGGGCGGGCACGCCGCUCGGCACGGCCAGCCCCCGGCAGGGCGAGGCGGAGGGCGCGGCGGGGGACCGGGGGAAGCUCCUCUCCCCGGCCGGCAGCCCCAGCAGCUCGCUCUCCCAGAGGUCCCAGCGCUCCCAGCGCUCGGCCGGCUCCCGCGUCGCCCGCCGGGGCAGGAAGGUGUCGAGCGACGCGGCCGACUGCGUCCUGGACCUGUCGGUCAAGCCCGUCGCCGGGGGCCACCACGGUAGCCUCCUGCACCCGUCGUUCCUGAGCGGGGCGUCGGGGCCCGACGGCACGCUGGGCGUGAGGGUGAAGAUCGAGAGGGGCGUGGCGUCGGAGGAGGAGGAGGAGCGCGGCGUCUACGAGAUGGAGCACAGCGGCGUCGCCAAGGCCGCCGCGCCGAACGCCAACGGGGGCCUGGGCCACCACGGGGUCACCGGGCCCCUGUCGGCCCAGCGCCGGCUGGGCCUGGAGGCCCACCUGUCGGCCCUGCGCGAGGCCUCGCUGGCCACGGAGCUGGAGAAGGAGAAGGCCCCGGGGGACAACGGGGACAUGCUGGGGGCAGAGAGCGAGCGCUCCCAGCAUGCCGAGGCGGCCGGCAUGGACAGCACCCUGCUGCCCUACGUGUCCAACAUGCUGUCGGCGCCGCACCACGCGCAGAUCUUCAUGUGCCCGCUGUGCAACAAGGUGUUCCCCUCGCCGCACAUCCUGCAGAUCCACCUCAGCUCGCACUUCCGCGAGCAGGAGGGCAUCCGCGCCAAGCCCGCCGGCGACGUCAACGUGCCCACGUGCUCCAUCUGCGGCAAGACCUUCUCCUGCAUGUACACGCUGAAGAGGCACGAGCGGACGCACUCGGGCGAGAAGCCAUACACGUGCACCACGUGCGGCAAGAGCUUCCAGUACUCGCACAACCUCAGCCGGCACGCCGUGGUGCACACGCGGGAGAAGCCGCACGCGUGCAAGUGGUGCGAGCGGCGCUUCACGCAGUCGGGCGACCUGUACCGGCACAUCCGCAAGUUCCACUGCGAGCUGGUCAACUCGCUGUCGGUGAAGAGCGAGCCCCUGGCUCUGCCCAACGUCAGGGACUGGGCCAUAGAGGACAGCUCCCAGGAACUGUGGAAGUAGAGACACUGGCGGGCGGGAGGGCAGGGGAGGUAUGAGAAAGAGAGAGGGGAGGAAGGAUGGGAGGAAGGGAAAAAAGGCAGUUUGAAAGAGAGAAGUCAGGGGGAGAUGGUAAGGUGGUGGUUGUUUCGGCGUUAAAAUCACUCUCGUUUCUUGUACGUCGCAGAUCUCAUUCAAUUGCACUUUAAUAGCACAUGAUAAUGUUACUACUGAUUUCAUUUUUGGUUUGUCUGUGGGUCAUUUUGUCUUAUGCUAUUUUAUUCACCCAGUUUAUUUUAUUUUAUUGAUUCUGUUUGCUGAGAUUUUUUUUUAAAUACUGUGUUUAAAAUGUGGGUCGACAACAGAGCCACCUGCUGUUAAAUGUUUCACAGUGUGUGUGUGUGUGUGUGUGUGUGUGUGUGUGUCUGCGUGUGUGAAUGCGUGUGUGUGUGCCUGUGUUAAAUCACAACACUGGCUAGUUGAGGUCAAAACACACUGAAGUGAAAAACAUCCAACAAUUACAAAAUACCAAACGGGUACAGUGACUAUCACCUCCAUCUACACCACGCACACAGGACCUCUUGGACGUGUGUGUGUGUGGCUGCGUGUGUGAGGCUGGGUGUUUUUGAGAGACACUGUUAUUCAGGCAAAAGUUCACCUGACAUGCAUGCAAGUCGGCAUGUUGUGUGAGUGUGUUAGUGUGUGUUAAUAUUAUUAUUAUUAUUAUUAUCAUUAUUAUUAUGUUUUAUGUUUAUUAUUAUUAUUAUUAUUAUGGAGGGUUUUUUGCGAUGCACUCCAGGUAUCUCAAGUUAAGCUCUUUGCUGUGUGUGCGUGUGUGUGUGUGUGUGUGUGUGUGUGUGUGUGUGUGUGUGUGUGUGUGUGUGUGUGUGUGUGUGUGUGUGUGUGUGUGUGUGUGUGUGUGUGUGUGUGUGUGUGUGUGUGUGUACACAUGCUUGUGUGUGUGUGUAUGAGGGAAGGCUAACUGUCAUACAAAUGGCACUCAUGCAAUGCACAGCCUCUUUUUUUACUUCCAAUCAAUUUGAAGUAUUUUCUAAAAACGAAAAAGACCUUUACAAAUUAUUAAUAUUAUUAUUGUUGUUAUUAUUGUUAUAGAUUCUUUUCUUAAAUCUAGAUGGCAGUCUUUAAAAAAAAUCUUCUUGUCGAAAAAGGUAUUUAAUUUAAGUUGGGUGUACAUUGUUGCGCUAUUGUUUUACAACAUAUUGUUAUUUUAUUUUUUACCAUUAAUGUUCUAAUUAUUAUUAGUAUUUCAAAUUUUUAAAGUGGACCUGCUGUUGUUGCAUGACGUCCAUACCUGUAUAUUUUUGGGGAAAAAUGUGAAUUUGCUGUAUUACUGUACACAUUGUAAUUGAUCAAAUAAUUGACGACAGACUUUCUUUCUCUUUCGGUUCCUUUGUGAAUACUACUCCAGGGUGUGGUCUGUUGAACAGCUGUUGAAUAUUGUGCCCACGGAUAUGGACAAACGCAUGAAAUAUCAUUUAUAUUUAAUUUAGUGUGAUACAUUGGACCGUUUGUCAGUUGCUUUUCCUGGACGGGGUCGGAGGCAGAGGGGGACAGUGGAGAGGGGGGCGGAGGGGGGGUGCUCCUGGUCCGCUGUGGGGGGUCACCGGCGGACCACUGGAAGAAUGUUCCGGCAGGUUUUCCCAUGGUUCAGGUGGAGAGAAAGCAGCGUGUUGAUGCACUAAUCUCCCUGCUAUGACUGUGUGUGUGUGUGUGUGUGUGUGUGUGUGCGUGUCUGUGUGUGCGUGUUUGAGAGAGUGCGUGUUGGGGGGAGCGAUUGUGCGUCCGUUCUCGUGACUAGUUUAUUUCUAGUCCACUUAACCUACUGAAUAGCUCCGUCCCCACAGCUUCUCCUCUACCACCGCUCGCUCUAUCUGCUGCAGUGUGUGUGUGUGUGUGUGUGUGUGUGUGUGUGUGUGAGUCUGUGUGUGCAUGUGCGUGCCAUUGCUUCCCAUCUGUGCCGCUCUCCUCUCCAGCACUAGGCUCGGUCAGGCUAACUCCUCGAUUUCAGCCUUGUCCCUACGACACUUAUUGCCCUGUCCUCUCGAAUGUGACUCACACUGGUCUGGGGCCGAGGCGGGGGCGAGAGAGGUAGAGAAGAGCUGAGGAGAGAGAGGGAGAGAAGGAGAGCGAUGAGGAACAGCCAUGUUUUGUACUGUCCUGCUGCAAGUUGAAGGGUUAAGGUGUUGUUUUAUUUAUUUAUUAUUAUUUUCUCAGCGUAUCAUUUAGAGACGAUGUUGUGCUACAGCACGGUGAAAUACACACUUGAAGAAGGGGUAUGAGAACUAGUUCCACAACGACGUCUGUGUCUGUGUCUGUUAAUGCGUGUGCAUAUUUGCUACUGAAAGUAUCCUUCAUUUGGGAUUAUACACAAUUGGCUUGCCUGAUGGCACCUUUAGAGUUAAAUUUCAGUUUUUUUUCUUUUUUUUAAAUAAUUUAUAAAUAAAAGAUGCCUUUAUUUAAAAAACGUAAUGCUAUUCACAUAUGUGAUACUGUAUAGCACUGAAAAAGACUUGUUUGGAAUCCUAAUGAACUAAAUGGGGAUUUAUACUUUUGUCAGACGUCAUUUUCUGAUAAUAAGAAAACAUUAUGUUAUAUUUUCUAUUUUUGCUGCAUUUUAAUGUUACAGAUCUGGGCUCACAACAGUGUGCAGUUUGUUAACAUUUCUAUUUUAUAAUAAUUGACAUUAUGGUGCAAUCACAUUUAAAUUUAGUCUUGAGAAUAUGAUGAAAUUCAACGCACUGUAUUUCUGAUGCGGACACCCUAUCCAGACCCACCAUCGCUGUGUUCGUGGGUGGACGUAUCUUGUGUGUGUGUGUGUGUAACUUGCAGUGGGCAUGUGUGCAGAGUUGUGUGUGCCCCCCCUAUCAGUUAUCAGCGGGGGGGACGGUGGGGGCUCACCAUGGCUGGCGACGCCUCUUCAACAAACAACUUUUUGUUUUUGGUUUUGUUUGUGUCUUUCGCUCCAAGCGUGUCAUCUUCACUGGCAACGAGGUCCCUGCCUGCGUUCCCCUCCACAUGUCGUUUAUCCCCCUGGGUUUCUUCUUUUAGCUCCGUUCGUUUCCUCUGGGUGUAUACUUGACCGCCUUAACCUGCUGUAGUCCAGGACGAUGUAUCGGUGUGGGAUUAUGGGAUGGCUGUCGUUGUGCUCGACCAACCGGCUUCACAUCUUCGCUGUGCUUACUUGAAAACUCACGGGCGAGAUAUUUAGCAAGCUGUAUGAGAAGAGUUAAAUCAGUCAAUGUUCAAAUGUAGACAAGGUUAUGAAGGGGAGGGGGGGGAGGUGAAUACAUCUCUUUCAGAAGGACAAUCGCUGUCUGGGGAGGAGGUGGGGGGGGCAAAGAAGCAGAUUUUGAUUUAAAUAUAUUUGCUCUUCCUUGAGAUUUGAUUUUCUUUGCUUUUAUGUUCUUUCUUAAACAAUGUAGUCAUUUUAGCUUUGACAAUCAUAGUUGGUUUGGUUUUGUUUUUCUCUCAAGGGGAGUGAAUUCUAAUGGUGUUUAGUUUUGUAAUUUUUUUGGCGUGCUGUUGUUGACAUUUCUAAAUUGUGUACCAACUGCAAUAAAUUAUAAGAAUCUUGAAAUUCAA